AUGGUCAAGUCAAUCAUUUCACCUUCGAUUCUUGCUUCUGAUUUUGCCAACUUGGGUUGCAAUUGUAAAAAAGUCGUCGACACUGGGGACGUUGAUUGGUUACAUUUGGACGUUAUGGAUGGACAUUUUGUCCCCAACAUUUCAUUUGGUGCUCCAGUGAUUGAAAGUUUGCGAAAGCAAUUUCCAAGAGAUAGCGGUAAGCCAAUUGUGUUUGAUUGCCACAUGAUGGUGUCUGACCCUGAGCAAUGGAUCGAAGACAUUGCCAAAGCAGGAGGAGAUUCGUACACCUUCCAUUACGAGGCAACAAAGGAUCCGGCAGCUGUUAUCGCAAAGAUUAAGAAACACGGAUUGAAAGCUGCAAUGGGAAUCAAACCAAACACACCAGUAGAGGCUGUUUAUCCAUAUGCCAAAGAUUUGGAUAUGGUGUUGGUUAUGACUGUUGAGCCAGGAUUUGGAGGACAAAAGUUUAUGCAGGAUAUGAUGCCCAAGGUGGAAACUUUGAGGGAAAAGUACCCUCAUUUGGACAUUGAGGUCGAUGGGGGAUUGGGUAAAGAGACAGUCAAGCCUGCUGCCUACGCUGGAGCAAAUGUCAUUGUUGCUGGUACUUCUGUUUUCAAAGCCGAGGAUCCAAAGGAAGUUACUCAGUUUUUGAAAAAGACAGUUGACGAAAGUAUAGUAGCUAGAGAAAAAUAG